UGGCAACAACGCUACAACACAGGCUUCGUUUCAAACCAAGCUAAAAAAAAUCCCUUACUCACUUUCUCUACUCCCUUUUUGCUUAGUAUUGCCGUCACGAAGACACUAACAGACAUGUUUUUUGUUUGUUUGUUUCUUUAAAGUAUAUUGUUUAAUAGUCCGGUUUUUGACUUGUUCGCUGCUUCAGCAAGCUUCAGAAAUUAAAAAUACGCCCUUUAUGGUGGACUCCUCCAGGUGACUACAAGAAGUGAGCGAGUAGUUUUGGCGAGUGAAUCGGACAUGACUCAUUUCCCUUUUCACAGGAAGAAGACGUGUUGACAUGUCAGAGCUGCUGUGGAUAUUCAAACCUUAGCGACCUGAGAAAUGUUAAUAUACAUAUAAAAAUAUAUAAAUUAAAAAAAAAAAAAAAAAAAAAAGUAGUGUGUAAGUGGCAGUCUGGCUAACUAGCAUGCGGAAGAAGUGCUUUAAAGGAAAUGCAGACUUAACUGUGUGUAUGUGUGUGUGUGUGUGUGAGAGAGAGAGAGAGAGAGAGAGCAGGCCAUGGACAGUCAUGAAACGCUGUGGCUUCAGUGUCGACAGUGAAGGCUUUUAGCUUUCAACAAGAUAAGCGUUCAGUGUCACGCUUGUAAUAUAAAUAUCUUCUUUUAACCAUUCUUAACGCUUAAAAUAGCCGACACUGCAAAGCGAAACUGAAAUAAGAGCCUGUUAGCUGCAUUUGUUCAGAAAAACAAACAAGUUUAAAUGCACUGGCUUGCUGAAUUAGCAUGAGAUAAACAGCAGGCAGGUGACUGGAUGAAGCUUUUGGACUGCACACCUGCACAGAGACACUGCACUGCUCGCUUCAUGAGGUGACCCAUACAGAGUCCCUCAGUAAACUAGCUGGCUAAAAUGCUGCGAUUAGAGGAGGUGGCUAAUGUUUUGCUCAGGGUGCCCAGUCUCUUAGUCCUGGACUUGCUCUACAAAUGCGACAUCGAGAGCUUCAGCCAUCAUCUCAGGGCGAGCAGCGAGGACAUGCUCUUCAAAUACAAAUACAUCCUCUGGAACAUUUACUACCUAGGUCACAUUGUGAGCACAGUGGUGCUGUUGUUGCCUCUGGGACACAUUGUUCAACUUUACCUGCAUGUUCUCACUGCUCUUCUGCUCUACAUGGGACAUCAGAUGUCCAGGGAAUAUGUUGUAGGGGAGAGUCAAUACGGGUAUGACGGAACACUCUUCCUGCAUCCACCAGCCUUGAACCGUUUUGUGAGGGCACUUACAUGUCAGAUUAUUGUUGCCACUCUGUGUGCGUUCCUCAUGCGCACUCGCCGUGUAUGGCUCUUCUCUGCACACUUGCUCCCACUUAUUGGACGGGUUUGUUUAGUUUCUCAAGACAAUGCCCUGACACUCACUACUGUUUCCAUGGGGAUAACUGCAGCAGAGGUUGCCAUCUUCCUCCUCAUGAAUCUGUUUGUGCCAUACAGAUUGGCCAGGGCCACAUACCAACAAAUAGCACAAACAGAGGUGACUGAUUUGUACCGGCUGUUGGCAGUGGGAAUGUCACUCUGGCAUUGCUUUGCUGUACCUGUGUUAUUCAGUGCAUUCUGGUUUGUACUGUUUGGAGUUCAGCUUGUCUCCAAUGUUGGCAGCUCCACUGCCAUCCAAGAGGGGCUGCUGCUCUACCUCCUCACCAGUGUGUCUGAGUGCUGUGCUAGUCCUUACUCGCUGCUGGGUUUGACAUUUGUGGUUUCUUAUUUGGCCCUGGGCCUCCUGAAUCUCUGCAAGUUCUGCCUGGGAGGAUUCACAGCGCUGCAGAAUCACAAUGUCAUGCACAGGGGUGUGACAGAGGGUGUGACCCUGUUGUUGUUGGCCCUGCAGACUGGCUUGUUGGACUUGCCAGCCCUGCAACGCUGCUUUCUCCUCUUUAUCAUACUCUUCAUUGUCCUCACUUCCACACUGCAGAGCAUGAGUGAGAUAACUGAACCCAUUGUGCUAGGACUUGGGGCCAGUAGAAACAGGUGUGUGUGGAAGCAUGUGCGGGGGCUGAGCAUGUGUGUAUUCCUGCUGCUUUUUCCUGGCUUCAUGGCCUUUAAGAUAUCCCAGUUCUUCCACAUGGACUUCUGGCUUCUCAUCCUGGUUUCCAGCUGUAUGCUUACAUCACUACAGGUGACAGGGACCCUAUUAAUCUACUGCUUGUUCAUGGUGGAGGUGUGGCGAGGUACUGCCCUGCCCAGCCUCGACGAGGUGGUGUAUUACGUGAACGCUGUGUGUCGGGCACUGGAGUUUGCUGUGGCACUGUGUGUGGUUGCGUAUGGCGCGUGGGAGUCACUGUGGGGUGAGUGGAGCUGGAUUGGGGCAUCGGUUAUCAUCAUCCACUCCUACUGCAACGUGUGGCUACGUGCCCAGGCUGGAUGGAAGAGCUUCUUGCUUCGGCAGGAAGCUGCACGCAAGAUCAACUCACUCCCAAGGGCGAGUGCUGAACAGCUGCAGGAACACGGUGAUGUCUGUGCCAUCUGUUUUCAGGAUAUGACAUCUGCUGUGAUAACCUACUGUGGUCAUUUUUUCCAUGGAAGCUGUCUUAGAAAGUGGCUAUAUGUUCAGGAAACCUGCCCCAUGUGCCACACGCCCAUCAAGCCAUCCAUCCCAACACCUGCUGCUGGUGAUGCCCAGCAAAACCCAGUACAGACGCAACCCCACCCACCUCAGCAAGAGCCAGCUGCUGAACACACUGACACUCACCAAGGGGAGCAGGACCCAGUGGAAGAUGAAAUCCAUUCGCCAGAUACGAAGUCAGAAUCUGAGGCACCAUCCAGAAGACAGUGUCUACAGAAUCUGAACUGUAGUGCCAGUGGAGACACUGCUGGGCCUGGCUGCUCAGAAGGAAGUCCCUGCAAUGAGAGAGACUGGAAAUCUGAGCAGAGGACUAACCAGCCCAGAGAGGCCAAUUCAGCUAUGGACUUGGACAGAGAACUAUGACUGAACCACUCUGUCUUCCAGUAUUAAUUAUGGAGCCAAAAAAAAGAAGGAAAAGUGGAUCAUUAGAAGACAAUAAAGAGCCAGGUCACUGCCUCUUUGAAAUCCAAGUAACAAAGACUACAUCCCAGUUUUCUGGUGGAAUGAAGCUUCUUCUAAUCCUCUUAACCAUGUGCUGGUAUCUUCUCAUCACAGCACUUCUUCAAGCAAUACAAAAUGUAAUGUUUGUUAUGGCUACAUUUCUGUUGAAAUGUUUAAGGUACAUAGGCUGAUUGUCCUUUAAAGAAGGGUAAAAGUGAAGGAUAGAUUAUUUUGCUGUCUCUUUUUAAAGCAAUGUAUAAUAACAGGAGAAUUUAACCUGCUUUGAAGAAAUUCUUUAAAAAAUAUGUCCUAUUUAAGUACAAGUCACAAAUCUAUAUGUUGCAGUCAAAUACGCAGGUGAAGAGAGACGCACUCCACAGGGCACAUAAAUAUCAGACAGUGCCUCAUCAUAGUUCUGUUUCACUCAAGCAUAAUUUUCACUGUCACUUUGUCCAAAGCAUCCUGAAAUCAAGUAUAUUUUUCUGUUUAUUAAAAUAGUUGUUUAAAUAUUGCAA